AUGUUCCCCUGGUCGGCCUUGUUCUCUCCAGAGCCUCAGGUCCCUGGCCAGCGGUCGCCGGAGGAAAUGGUGACCAACACCCUGAUGCUGGAGCUGGGCGCUCUGCUGAAACGCACAGAACGUUUCCGCCAGGAGAGGGCAACGGAGAUGCGCAAGCGGAGCUCUUCUGUGGACUACAGCUGGCUGGCCUCGCAUCCCCCGAAACAUGCCUAUGAGCUCACCCCCGGUGAAGUGCUGGAGUUGCAAGACCUGUGUGCCAAGAUCCGCCCCUCCCAGUGUGGCCCCGUCGUACUGAGGUUCAGGAAGCUGGUGACGGAGUUUGAGCCGGAUGUCAACGAAGUGCCACGCAUCUUCCGUUCCGUGCUGAGCGACUGCCUGGAGGACGAUGAGCUGGGCCUGGAGGAGGAGAUGCUGCGAGAGCAGGCCAGCCGCUUCCAAAAGCAGCGCAGCAAGAGCCUGUCCUUCGUCACCUUCCGCUCCAAGUUCCGCAUCAACCCCUUCCGGGGCGGGGGUCUCGCGGGGCAUGAAGCGGAGCCGUGGCCGGGGGAGGAGGAGGAGGCGAUGCCGAUAGGGAUCCAAGGGAGGACCAGGAGGGUGAUGAGCAUGCCCGACAUUACCCCCAUGGAGGAGAGCACCCACAGUUAA